AUGUACCAAUACUCCAGUCCACCUGCCGGGUGGCCCGCCUUCGACUACUCCAACCCUCCGCCCACCUCGCCGCACUACGCCUACUACGCCUCGCAGUUCGCCACCCCCUUCGCCUCGCCACGCGGCCCUCCCAAGCGCCACAAUCGCAAAGCCAGCUACGCCGGCACCAAGGAGACCGCAGGAUGGUACGCCGGGUACGGGCAAGGGUUCUACGAACCGCCGCCCGAGUACGGCACGCCGCCGCGCAAGCACGAUCCUGUAAGUGCUUCUUUUGGUGGCUAUCAUCGUCGCCGUAGUACCAUGUCUGGUGCGCCCGCCGGUCCGUGGGGUCCUGCCCCUCCGCCGCAGCCGUCGUACAAGCCCUCCGUCUUCGACGAUGCGCCCCGAUACGCCUUCCGCGAGGAAUCCAGUCCUCCCCGUCGCAACCCGACGACGCCGCAGCGCAAGCCCAAGCCACCCACUGAUCCUUAUUUCUCCUAUACUCAGGUGCCGGACCAGGACGACGUUGAUUCCGCGAAGCGCUCCCGCGCGCGCCGCCACCCGCCCGGCCCAGCCAAGCCCGCCCCCAAGGCCACGGAAGCGGACGCCGCGCGCGCCGGCAUCCCCCCCGGGUACUCGAUCAAGAACUGGGAUCCGACGGAGAUGCCCAUCAUCCUGCUGGGCAGUGUGUUCGACGCCAACUCGCUGGGCAAGUGGAUCUACGACUGGACCAUCUUCCACCACGGCGUGUCGACCCCGAUGGCGGACGUGGCGGGGGAUCUGUGGCUGCUGCUGAUCAAGCUGGCCGGUAAGGUGAAGCGGGCGGACGAGUGCCUGGACCGCAUCAAGCGGCGCGAGGCGCACGAGAUCGUGGAGGAUUUCCUGGAGAGUGGCGAGCGCCUGUGGGCGCGAUUUAAGAAGCUGCUGAAGAUGUGCGAACAGUUCAUGUGGAAGGUGGCCAAGCGCGAAGGGAGCAAGGGCGUGUCAAUGGGCCGCAACGCGGGGUGUGAGUUUGUCGAGACGAUCUUCGGCCGCGACCGCGAGCUGGAGAGCACGGAGAAGCUGAUGCACAGCAUCCGACUGUGGAACAUGCGAUUUGACGCCAACUGCGAGGAGAUCCUGCGCCGGCCGACAUCCGCAUAA